UGUGAUGAUUUCAUUAAAAUGAAGGGGGAUGUCAAUGCAAUGCUACGUUUCUUUCAGACCUCUCUGGUUGACGUAAACGUGAAGUUGAAAUAAAAACGACUGAGCAUGCGCGGAGAAUCUGUCUUUCUAUUCGUAUGACUAUGGUCCGACCUUAUUCAUUGGUUAGGCUCGUACAGCGAUAACUCUAAUUGGUCAAGUGCGUGUCCUCGCGCUGAGCACAAGCCAAUCCAAAGUCACGCGUGUGUUUUCAUUAGCUAUGUGAGUUUGACAUGCUGUCACAUUGACUUCGAUAUAUCCAGUGAGUGUAUGUAUGCUGUACGUAAACAACCGGCUGCUUUUGCUAAACCGGUUUAUCUAUAUAGAUAUAUAUUUUAAGUACCAGUAUGUCUGAUAACGGUCACCAAAAUGUCACCAUGAUCACCUGCACGGCACCUGUAAACAUCGCGGUCAUUAAAUAUUGGGGGAAACGUGAUGAAGAGCUCAUUCUGCCAAUUAAUUCAUCAUUGAGUGUCACUCUGCAUCAGGACCAGCUGAAAACAACCACAACAAUUGCAUGCAGCAAAAGUUUCCAGGAAGACCGUAUCUGGCUUAAUGGAAAAGAAGAGGAUAUUCGACACCCCAGACUGCAGUCAUGUCUGCGAGAGAUUCGAAGGUUAGCUCGAAAGAGACGAAAUAGUGGCAGUCCCACUUCUGAUGUCACCAGCGUGUCUCAUAAGGUCCAUAUCUGCUCUGUUAAUAACUUUCCCACCGCCGCUGGCCUGGCCUCCUCUGCAGCCGGCUAUGCCUGUCUGGUAUACACUCUGUCACAGUUGUUUGGGGUUGAUGGCGAGCUGUCUGUUGUGGCGCGGCAGGGCUCUGGCAGUGCCUGCAGGAGUCUGUAUGGUGGGUUUGUUCAAUGGAAAAUGGGUGAGCGUUCUAAUGGGACGGACAGUGUCGCUGAACAAGUAGCACCUGAGUCGCAUUGGCCAGAGCUCAGAGUAUUAAUUCUAGUGGUGAGCGCUGAGCAGAAGUCUGUUGGCAGCACAUCUGGAAUGCACACUAGUGUGAAGACAAGUGACCUUCUUAAGUACCGGGCAGACGCUGUGGUGCCUAGUCGAAUGGAGGAGAUGAUCGGGGCAAUUCGUCAACGAAACUUUGCAGCAUUUGGUGAGCUGACCAUGAAGGACAGUAACCAGUUUCAUGCCACCUGCCUAGACACAUACCCACCUAUAUUCUACCUGAACAACAUCUCACACAAGAUCAUCAGCCUUGUGCACCGCUAUAACCAACACUAUGGAGAGAUCAGGGUGGCUUAUACCUUUGAUGCAGGUCCUAAUGCUGUUAUAUAUACACUGCAAGAGCACUUGCCCGAGUUUUUACAGGUGGUCUGCCAUUUCUUUCCCCCAGAAGUCAAUGGAGGAGAGUUUCUGAAGGGUCACCCUGUGCAUUCAUCUCCCCUCUCUGAGGAGCUGAAGAGAGCGAUUAACCUGGAACCCACAGCCAAGGGCAUCCGUUAUAUUAUCAGCACUAAGGUUGGUCCUGGACCUUGUGUGGUGGAGGAUCCAGAUCUUCAUUUGUUAGGUGCUGAUGGGCUGCCCAAGAAGAAUGCCUGAAGAAACCAAUAUAAACCAUACUGUGUUAAAUAAAAUGUUUUGCAUAACUUUAAAAUUCCUUUUUUAAUUGGGGGAAAACAAAUGUGCACAGUUUAGCUAUUAAAAAUAUAUAUAUUUUUAUGAUGAA